AUGAAAGCAAAUAUGGCAUGUUCAUGUGUUGAAUUGAAUGAUUUACCCGAUGAAAUUUUUUUGAUUAUUUUUAAAAAACUGGACAAUUUCGAUAUACUUAAUUCUUUUCAUGGUGUUAAAAAUAUACGGCUGAAUAAAAUAAUACGUGAUUCAAUAUUCACAAGUGAUUUAAACUUUGUCAAAUGGUCAUCUAAUAAAUUUCUUAAUAAACUUUCUUCAAAUGUUAUGCUUAAUCGAUUUUGUUUACAAAUUUUACCUGAUAUAUCUAUAAAAAUCAAAUGGCCUUAUCUUGAAUCAUCAUCUGCAGAAAAUAUUCUACGUGCUGCCGAUUAUCCUAGUCUAUAUGGACUUGGUCUAUACAAUAUCAAAGAAAAGACAGCUAGACGUCUUUUUAAUGAAAGAGUAACACAUAAUUUUACAAGAGAUAUUACACGAAUUAAUUGUGCUAAAGUAAAUGAAAUUUUUUUAGUUGGAGAAAAAAUUUAUUCCAAUUCUUUACGAGAUUAUUUUCCUUGUGCAAUAAUACAUUAA